AUGCCUGUAGUUUCGGUUAAAAAGCAAUCUCUGGCGACACCAUUAUCUAAGGCUGUUUGGAUUGGAGGUCUGGCCGCUCUUUUCUUGAUUCUUGCUUGGUCUCAGAUGAUAUCUUCAUGGUCUGCAUGGAUUACAAGGAAUGAUAUUUUCUACGGCGUCAAGAAUCGCCUAACCGGUGCAGGCCAGAAGAACAACACUACUCCUUCGAUGCAGCAAGAAACUGCUGAAAUGCAUUUUUCGGUAGCUCAGCAUCAUCAGAAGGAUCAGUCAACUCAACUGCUGCCAUCAAGUGACUCUAGUUUAUGUGAAGCCUACAACCCCUGUUCCAAACAACUCAAUACAGGACGAUUCAGCGGAUUCAGGUACAACUCUAGCUACAAAUUUGAUCUUGCUCCUGAUGGAUUAAAUAACCUUCAACUUGAUGUUCCUGAUGAACAGUUAAUGCAAUUCCUUCCACAAUUUGAUGUACUUGUCCUUUCCUCAGGCCACUGGUUUGGAAGGAAGUCUGCGUAUGUCUUAAACAACACGGUUGUGGGAGGAAGCCCUUCAUGGUGGCCAAAGUCUCGCGAAAUGAAAGUCGACUUAGUAGAAGCUUUCCGAAUAUCAGUCGAAACUAUUCUUUCUGCCAUUGUUACACAUCCAAAUUACUGUGGACUAACCAUUGUCCGCACCUUCUCGCCUGAUCAUUAUGAACGAGGAGCUUGGAAUACCGGAGGAUCAUGCACCGGAAAAGUUUGGCCAAUAAAGACCGGUGAAAUAAUUGAAAAUGAGUUCACCACCAAAAUGCACAAUCAACAAGUCUGA